CACAGCAGCCUAGGCUAACAACCGGCCUUCACCAUGCGUUUACUCAGAAUGUUUCUUCUUUAUACUUAUUUCUUUGCAAAUCCUCGAAUUUCCAAAUUUUGUCGACGCAGGUUGUCUCGGUUCCGUCGUCCUUGUUCAUCAGUUGUUUCGGCUGGGACAUUCCUUCUCGGUUCUCGGUGCCCGAGUAUUAUUUCGUGCGUGUCCUAGAUGUGACUCCGAAUGAACGGUUCCCAUCUUACGGAGUGCGACAUGAACCUGCAUGACUCUCAGUGACAAGACCCACUUGGACGCCUUCGGCGACGAUAUUAACCCCUCGAUAUCCCCUCGUGCUCCCCUUCGGACGUCACACCAAGUGAUAUACGACAUCCAGCAGACAAGGGCCGGCUUGCGCCUUGAGUCCGGCUCGGCUCCCCUCCCAUUCAUCUCUCAUGAUGGACGAAGACAUCGCUCCGGAAGCGCGGAGGAAUCGGGGCUUUUUAGGCUUCGACAGCUCUGCCCUCUCAGCGCGAGAUCGUCAGGAUCGCCGUCAGUUGCGGUAUGAACUCGAUCUGAACACUUGGAACCUCAGAAUCUGGGGAGUAGCAGCAUCUGGGUUUUUUACUGACUCAUAUAACCUAUUCUCAACCAAUGUCAUCUUGACUUCUAUGUCGUUCGUAUAUUUCCCUGGCCACAGAUGGCCCGGCCUGCUCAUCAACCUCUUUACCCUUUUCGGAUCCGCACUGGGCCAACUUCUCUUUGGCUACCUCGCCGACUGUUAUGGACGCACUCGUCUUUACGGUAUCGAAUUGCUACUUGUCAUCGUGUCAACUAUUGGCGUGGCCACGGGCAGUAGCGCUGGCUACAACAGCCUGUCAUUUUUGGGCCUUUUCAUUUGGUGGCGUUUCGUAAUGGGAAUAGGUAUUGGAGCUGAAUACCCACUGAGCGCCGUCAUCACGUCGGAAUGGGCAAGCACGCAAUCAAGAGCUACUAUGCUUGGGUCGGUUUUCCUCAUGCAACCCGUUGGCCAAGCCGUAGCCCAGCUCGUCGCUCUCUGGGUUAUAUCAGGUCGAGAAAGUGAACAUCAUUUGCGUGACAUGCGAUGCGGUAUCGACACCAAGUACGACACAGAGUGUAAGCAGCUUGUUGAUGGGAUGUGGCGCGUUGUCAUUGGCUCGGGUGCUGUACCUGCUCUGCUAGCCAUCAUAUUCCGCUUCUUCCUAUAUGACUGUGGCUUAUAUCAACUCGAGGUCAAACACAAGCCUGGCGUUGCGUUGAGAGAUAUGCGGAGGCUUUACGUCUCGCAGGUAGGUGCUCGCAAUAGCAUCAUGAUGAGGAACUCCCCUGGGGCAACACAGAUACGUACCGCACAACCACAGCCAUCUCAGUUCUCGACGGAGGAUUUGUACAACUACUUCUUCCGCGACGGCAAUUGGUAUUACUUAAUAGGCACCUCGAUGACGUGGCUUAUAUUAGAUGCCGGGUUCUAUGGCUUCUCCUUAGACAGUCGAGCCACACUUGCAGACUUGUGGGCUUCCACAAGCCGUCCACUCGUCGAUUCGAGCCUUUCUUGUUGGAAUUCCUCCUUUCCAGGAGGGAAUUCAACUCUCCCCAGCUGGAAGGACAAAUAUAACGGGCUUCCUGCCUGGCAAACGGAUGCAACGAAACCUUGCAACAGUCUCUAUGACGUGCUCGUAGAACAGGCGAAGCAAUACCUGCUCACCGUCUCGAUCAGUUCCAUCGCCGGGAGCACGUGCUUCAUCUUCUUUGCCAACCGCUUCCCCCGCAAGCACUGGCUUACUUCAUCAUUCCUCGUGCUCGCCGUCCUAUUCGUCAUUAUUGGCGGUCUGUACUAUGGCGUGGCACACACCUUUCGUGCACCGGCGAUCGUGAUCUUCGUUGCCAUCUGCCACUUCGCCUUCAACUUUGGCGCCAACACGCUGACAUUCAUCAUUCCAGCCGAGAUAUACCCAACGUGUUACCGGUGUACGUGUCAUGGCAUCUCGGCCGCGGCGGGGAAGCUGGGGUCCAUUAUGGCGCUGCUCAUCGUGUACGGGAUCAACGCUGGAUACACGGACCCCAAUCGGCAGGGGCUCGUUUUCAUCCUAUUCGGUUCAAUCUUGGCCCUGGGGGCGAUUUACUCGUGGGCCUAUCUUCCACAUGUGCAGAGACUUCUUCGCGACGAUGACGGACGGGAAGUACUGGAGACGAAAACUCUGGAGGAACUUGGUGGAGGAAGGGAGCAAGCUAGGAUUGAAGGUGAGAUCAUCACGGUGAGAGACAAGAUGAAUGAGGCCAGGCGUAGACGGAAGGAACGGCUUGGCUCUCAGGGCGUAUCGCAUGAUCCACAGAGUCAGGCUAGGAACUAGCAACCCUGAAGUGUAUCGCCAAUGCCCCUAUUUCCCAGCGACUGAGUCCUAUGAAGACGAGGACUGCAUCGCGGGAUAUUUCCUUGUUAUCGUAGGGAUUGCGUAAAGCCUGUAUGUACUCCGAUGAUUCCAAUACAAAACAGUUUUGCCAGCCGUAGCGCUUUUCAUGACGCUGAAGGGUGACUGUUUAGGGUACAUAUUAAUUUGCCAUAGCCCCCAAACUAUGGCUCUCAUCGUACGCAAUAUUGUUGACCCAACCUCCACUGCUAUGCGACAUCGCUCCCUUGUACGCACGCAAGUUUCGUCCAUCCGUCAGUAUCAGUUAUAUAUACCUGAUGAAUCUCCGCGAUCUAUGAUCGUAAUGACAUGUGUUUACUC